AGCAGCAGCAGCAGCAGCAGAGCAGUCCGGCACGCGCCGCUCCCGUUACGGGGGCCCUCUGUGCACCGAACCGCCUGCGAGUGAACAACAGCAAUAUCCACCGAACCGACGUCGUCAUCGAACACAACCUUGUCGCGGCGUCGGACAAGGACGAAUCGCCGACGCGCGACGACGACAGCAAGUUGACGGACGUCGCCGACGACCUGACGGGCGACGACCGAACUCUCGCGGCCGACGCUGACGAGCGGCCGAUACCCGGCUCGUCUGACGUCAUGGCCAAGCAAGAGGAGGAUGCAAUGAAGCAGCCAGCAGAGGGAGAUGCUCUGCGUCCGAAGAAGAUGACGUUUAACGGUCUAGCGAAGAGGAUGGCAAUGCGUAACUCAACCAACCCGGACGGCAGGUCUACGUUCUGGAAGAAGCUGCAGCAGGCUGUACAUGGAGAUGACUUGAUCGUGACGCCGUUUGCACAGAUCCUCGCAAGCUUACGCAGCGUACGAAACAACUACAUCCUACUCACACAAAUACCGGCUGCGAAAGCUUCAGCUAGACGACCAGGGCCGACAGCGCCGCCGCUGAUCAGCACAGAUCCACACGAUGAGACGUAUCAGAAGAUGGCGGUCGAGACGUUGGAUGAACUCGACUGGUGUUUGGAUCAGCUGGAGACGAUACAGACACACCGGUCUGUCUCCGACAUGGCAACGAGCAAGUUCAAGAGGAUGCUGAAUCGGGAAUUGGGCCAUUUCUCCGAAUCAAGCAAGUCUGGCAAUCAGAUAUCCGAAUACAUUUGCAGCACAUUCUUAGAUAAACAACAGGAGAUGGACAUCCCCACUGUGAAGGAGGAGGAGGAUGAGGAGAAGGAUGCUAACGAGAAAACAUCGAAGGAGGAGAAGAACGAGAGGAAUCGCAGCGGCGGUAGUAAGAUGACGGAGAUUCCAGGCGUGCGGCGGCUAGAGCAUACGAACAGCGUCGCCACGUCCGUACCGAAAUACGGCGUCGAGACAACCAACGAACGAGAACUCGGCCAGCUUCUAAGCAGCAUCAACACCUGGGGCCCGGACAUAUUCAAAAUCAAUGAAUACUCUAAAGGCAGACCUCUCACUUCUGUUGUCUUCACUCUACUACAGGAAAGAGGCUUAUUAAAAGAGUUCAAGAUACCGGAGACAACGCUAGUGUCGUUUCUAAUGACGUUAGAAGAUCAUUACCUCAACGUACCGUACCAUAACCGCAUGCACGGUGCUGACGUUGCUCAAGCGGUCAGUGUCCUGCUAUCGUCACCCGCGCUAAACAAUGUCUUUACGGAUUUGGAGAUCCUAUCUGCCAUAUACUCCGGUGCAAUACACGACGUCGACCAUCCAGGCGUCACUAACCAAUACUUAGUCAACACGAGUUCCGAGCUGGCAGUCAUGUACAACGACGAAUCAGUGUUGGAGAAUCAUCACUUGGCCGUUGCCUUCAAGCUACUACAGCAGGAGGGCUGCGACAUUUUCCAGAACCUAACCAGGAAGCAGAGACUGACGAUCCGGAAAAUGAGCAUCGACAUGGUUCUAGCGACAGACAUGUCUAAGCACAUGAGCUUACUAGCAGAUCUGAAGACGAUGGUGGAAACAAAGAAAGUGGCCGGCUCUGGUGUGCUUUUGCUGGACAAUUACACAGAUAGGAUACAGGUACUACAGAACAUGGUACAUUGUGCCGACCUCAGCAAUCCAACAAAGUCGACGUCCGUCUAUCACGCGUGGACCGACCGUAUCAUGGAGGAGUUUCAUCAGCAGGGUGACAAAGAGAGAGACCUUGGUCUCGAUCUGUCGCCGAUGUGCGACAGGCAUAGCGCGACGGUCGAAAAAACGCAGGUUGGUUUUAUUGACUUCAUAGUCCAUCCACUCUGGGAGACAUGGGCAGACCUAGUACACCCCGAUGCACAGGAUAUCCUAGACACUCUAGAGGAAAAUAGAGAUUGGUACCAGAGUCAGAUUCCGCAGAGUCCUUCUUCAUCGUCGGGAAGUGUGUCUACCUGUGAGCCUGUAGUGGAAACAGGAGGCGGA